AUGCCACACCAGUCGAGAUGGUCGGUGGACAUCCCUCGCAUCUCCUUGCCUUCUUUCGUGUUUGGUGGGCCUAAUGCAACUCUGUCGGGCGAGCUGGCUUUCGUUGAUACUGAAAAACCGGACUCGUUAUUCCUGACCUUUGCGGAGUACUUCCUAUGGGCGAAACGAUUUGCCGCCGGGCUUCAACAGGCCGGCCUCAAGCCGCAAGACAGAGUGAUUGUAUUCUCGGGGAACAAUAUAUUUUGGCCUGUGGCAGUCAUGGGCGUCAUUAUGGCCGGGGGGAUCGUGACAGGGGCCAACCCUACUUUUACUGCCCGGGAGCUCAUCUACCAGUUGAAAGACACUGGAGCACGCUACGUCCUGGCGACCCCGACGAGCAUCCAAACAGCGAGGGAAGCCGCACAAGCAGUGCAGCUGCCUUUGUCGAACUUGUUCGUUUUCGACGAUGAACAUCUCCAUGGCGACGGCAAGCCAGCUGGCGACAUCAAACACUGGAGCCAGUUGAUUGCGGACCGUGAAACGGGCCAUGCCUUUUCCUGGAAAGAACGUUCUACCCCAGAAGAAUUGAAUGAGACUAUCAUUCUUGUAUACUCUUCCGGGACCACAGGCUUGCCUAAAGGGGUCGAAAUGUCCCAUGCAACAGUGAUAUCAGACCUGGCUUCCAAAAAGGCUCUACACGCGGCGGACCCCAAGUAUCCAUUCAACGAAGAGCAGGCAAAAGACUACCCUGUCUUGUGUUAUCUUCCGAUGUACCAUGCUCUUGGCAUGGUGUUGUUCUCCAUCGCCGUGCCCGCCCGCCGGCAGCCAGUUUAUGUCAUGAAACGAUACGAUCUGUUGAAAUUCAUGGCGAAUAUCGAGAAGUACCGUCCAUUUUCGCUUCUCCUGGUCCCGUCUAUUGCGGUUGCAAUGGCGAAGCACCCUUUGAUCCAGUCGAGGAAGUUCGACCUGUCCAGUGUAAAGAGAGUGGAAGCCGGCGCAGCUCCUCUCUCCAGAGAUAUCUGCGAGGAGGUUGAGAGACUAUGGCCCGCAGGUAAUGUUAACAUCAAGCAGACUUACGGCAUGACUGAGGCUAUGAUGGUCUGUGGAUGGGAUCAAGGAGAGGUGUCCAAGACAGCAGCCGUUGGGGAACCGCUCCCGAACUGUUCUAUCAAGUUGAUGGAUGAAGACGGCAAUGCGGAAGUAGCUCCAGGGCAGAGAGGCGAAAUCUGGGUCAAAUCGCCUUCUUUAAUGAAGGGAUACUGGAGGAAUCCGGAAGCGACGAAAAACACGUUUACGCAUGAUAAAUGGUUGAAGACUGGUGACAUUGCCUUCCGAGACGAGGACGGAAAAUACAUGAUUGUUGACCGGAAGAAGGAACUCAUCAAAGUCAAGGGAAACCAAGUUGCUCCUGCAGAAUUAGAAUCAGUUCUACUGGAACACCCGGAUAUACAAGACGCGGCCGUCAUUGAAGACCAUAUUAGCAACCAAGAUGAGCGUCCACUCGCGUACGUUGUCAAGAAACCGGGCGCUAGAGUAUCUCCAAACGAGAUCCUGCGGUUUGUGGAGGAAAGGGUAUCAAAAGUCAAGAGAAUCACAGGGGGUGUGGUCUUCAUUGACGCAAUCCCAAAGAAUCCGACAGGAAAGAUUCUGCGGAGGGUUCUCCGUGAACGUUCCGUGAAGGAUAGGCCAGUUUCGGCAAGACUAUGA